CGUGUUAGCUCCUCCUCUGCGGUUUUCAUUCACGGCCGGGCCGGGCCUGCCCUUCACUGCUUCCAUGCUGACCCUUCGCUCAGAAAUGGAUUAAUUUGUUUUUUCAAAAUGUCCCGUGUCUUAUUGGGAGAAUAAUGAGAUCUCUCCUGAAGAUGUUUCCACAACCAGGAAAAUCGAUUGUCUUUGACAACUUUCCAGAUCCCACCGACACCUGGGAAAUCAUUGAGACAAUUGGAAAAGGAACCUAUGGGAAAGUCUACAAGGUGCUAAACAAAAAGGAUGGAAGCAAAGCAGCUGUGAAGAUACUAGAUCCCAUUCAUGAUAUAGACGAGGAGAUUGAAGCAGAAUACAACAUCCUCAAAGCUCUCUCUGACCACUCAAAUGUCGUCAAGUUUUAUGGGAUGUUCUACAAGAAAGAUCUGAAAUGCGGUGAUCAGUUGUGGCUUGUACUGGAGCUCUGCAAUGGCGGCUCUGUGACAGAUCUGGCCAAAGGCAUGCUGAAAAGAGGAGAGAGGAUGGAAGAAGCCAUUAUUGCUAAUAUUUUGCAUGAAGCUCUGAAGGGCCUCCAGCACCUGCACAUCAACAAAACCAUCCACAGGGACGUCAAAGGCAACAACAUCCUGCUGACAACACACGGAGGGAUCAAACUCGUGGACUUUGGUGUGUCAGCACAGCUGACAAAUGCCCGUCUGAGGAGGAACACCUCUGUUGGAACUCCUUUCUGGAUGGCACCCGAGGUCAUAGCUUGUGAACAGCAGCUGGACUCAACCUACGACGCUCGCUGUGAUGUCUGGUCCCUGGGCAUCACUGCGAUAGAGCUGGGAGAUGGAGACCCCCCCCUUUCUGACCUCCACCCAAUGAGAGCCCUUUUUAAAAUUCCUAGAAAUCCUCCGCCUACUCUCCACCAGCCGGAGCUCUGGUCAGAUGACUUUAAUGACUUUAUCUGCAAAUGUCUGAUAAAGGACUUUGAGCUGAGACCCAGUGUGUUAGACCUCCUCCAGCAUGUGUUCAUCAAACAGACUGUCGGCAGAGAGAAAAUCCUGCAGAAACAACUCAUUGAACUCAUUGAUCUCAAUCAGCAAAUUGGAUUAAUUGAAAAAACAAGCCAUCAUGGAAAGACAGACAGACGUACAGACAGUAAUGACAGGCAUGAACGUAUCCACACAAAAAAAGGAACCCACAUGAAGACGCAAGCCGACACAGACGAGGUUGAUGACCUCGCCACCCUCGAAGUCCUAGACGAGAACACAGUCACAGAGCAGCUCCAGAGCCGGUAUGCCAGAGAUCAGAUUUACACCUAUGUUGGAGACAUCCUGAUUGCAGUGAAUCCUUUCCAUAAAAUGGAGAUUUACACACCUCAGCACACUAAGAUGUACAUCGGAGCUAAGCGCACAGCAAACCCACCACACAUCUUUGCGGUGGCGGAUAUGGCCUACCAGUCCAUGGUGUCAUACAACACCGAUCAGUGUGUUGUGAUCAGUGGGGAAAGCGGAGCAGGAAAGACAGAAAGCGCCCAUCUGUUGGUGCAACAGCUGACGGUGCUCGGGAAGGCCAACAAUCGCACACUCCAGGAGAAAAUCCUGCUGGUUAACAGCCUGGUGGAGGCCUUUGGAAAUGCCUGCACCGUCAUCAACGACAACUCCAGCCGCUUUGGGAAAUACUUGGAGAUGAAGUUUACCAACGGCGGAACGGUGGUCGGAGCGCAGAUAUCCGAGUACCUGCUGGAGAAAUCCAGGGUCAUCCACCAGGCGAUAGGUGAGAAGAACUUCCACAUUUUUUACUACAUUUAUGCUGGUCUGGCUGACAGGAAGAAACUUGCCCACUACAAACUUUCUGACAGCAAGACACCUAAGUAUCUUCAUACCGAGCACAUGAAAUUAGGCCCUGACAUAGUGAGCAAUGCCUUCUACAAGGAGCAGUUUGAUGCAGUGGAGCAGUGUUUCAAAGUCAUUGGAUUCACCCUGGAGGAGCUGGGCAGUGUCUACAGCAUUCUGGCUGCCAUCCUUAACUCAGGCGACAUUGAGUUUUCUGCAGUCGCCUCAGAGCACCAAACCGACAAGAGCAACAUAACCAACAUUUCUGUCCUGGAGAACGUGGCGUCCCUGCUGCGUAUCCGCUCGGAUGAGCUCCAGGAAGCCCUGACCUCCCACUGCGUUGUGGCCCGGGGCGAGACCAUUGUCAGGCCCAACACCGUGGAGAAAGCAGUGGAGGUGAGGGAUGCCAUGGGAAAAGCUCUCUACGCCCGGCUCUUCAGCUGGAUCGUGAACCGGAUCAAUACGCUGCUCCGGCCCGACAACCAGCCGGGAGAAAAUGAUAAGGGCCUGAACAUCGGCAUCCUGGAUAUCUUCGGCUUUGAGAACUUUAAGAAGAACUCCUUUGAGCAGCUCUGCAUCAACCUCGCCAAUGAGCAGAUCCAGUUUUACUUCAACCAGCACAUAUUCGCUUGGGAACAGGAUGAGUACCUGAAUGAAGAGGUCGACGCUCGGAUGAUCGAGUACGAGGACAACCGGCCUCUCCUGGACCUGUUCCUGCAGAAACCCAUGGGGCUGCUUUCCCUGCUGGAUGAGGAGAGCCGGUUCCCACAGGCCACGGAUCAGACACUCGUAGAGAAAUUUGAAGAUAAUCUGAAAACAAAGAGCUUCUGGAGGCCUAAAAGAGUGGAUCUUGGCUUUGGUAUUCAUCACUAUGCUGGGAAGGUGAUUUACAACGCGGCUGGCUUCUUGGCGAAAAACAGAGAGACCCUUCCAGCAGACAUUAUCCUUCUCCUGAGGUCAUCGGAGAAUGAGCUGAUCCGCAAACUGGUCACUCAUCCUCUCACCAAAACGGGUAACCUUGCCCACACUAAGGGUAAAGGCAUAAACACAAUGCGAGGCCCACGGACUCCUACGCGGACCAUCACCUUGGCCAAGAUGGGGAUGCUGACCUUAUACAGCUCUUUUUCUUUCAGUGAGCCUUCUUGGAUAUUAAAGCACACUCCAGAAAAGCAUUGCUUGCUUGGUGUGCCUCUUGAAGACACAGUGCAAGUUCAAAAGCCAACAGAACCUGGCGACACCCCAUACCAUCCCAGAGAAACCACCAACAUGAAGACACAGACUGUGGCCUCAUACUUCAGAUACUCUCUGAUGGACCUCCUGUCCAAGAUGGUGGCAGGGCAGCCUCACUUUGUGCGCUGCAUCAAACCCAACAACGACCGCCAUGCCAACAAAUUUGACCGGGAGAAGGUUCUGGUUCAGCUGCGAUACACCGGCGUCCUGGAAACCGCCAAGAUCAGACGGCAAGGCUACUCCCAUCGCAUCCUGUUUGCUAAUUUCAUGAAGAGGUACUACAUCUUGGCUUUUCAUGCUCACGAGGAGCCGGCUGUGACUCCAGAGAUGUGCGCUGCCAUACUGGAGAAGGCCAAACUGGAAAACUGGGCAAUGGGGAAGACCAAGGUGUUCUUGAAGUACUACCAUGUCGAACAUCUGAAUCUGAUGGUGCAGCAGGCCACACACAGGAUAGUCCUGCUUCAGGCUUGCAUCCGAGGCUGGCUGGGAGCCAAACGGUACCAGAGGAUGCUCAGAGAGCGAGAACAAAGUGCUCUGGUGCUGCAGUCAGCUUACAGAGGUCACAAAGUUCGGAAGAAGGUAGCCGACGAUAAAAGCAAAGCAAAGUUUGACGCCUUCAUAAUCCAGUUUCAGGCUGUUUGUAGGGGAUAUCUUGCAAGAAAGACGUACAAGGAGUUGGUAGAUGAGAAGAACAAAGCAGCAACCAAGAUCCAGGCUCGUUACAGAGGUCACAAGGAGCGGAAAAGCUUCCAACGAAAACGAGAAGCCAAAGAGAAAGCGAAGAAGGCUCUUAAAGAAGAGGAGGAACAGGUGCCUGCUGAUGAAACAGGCUCUAAUAUAGUCAACAAUGAAGAGGAAGAAGCAAAAGCUGCUGUGGUUCUUCAGAGCAACUACCGGGGUUUCAAAGAGAGAAAAAAAAACAAGGAGAGAAAAAAGACAAUGGCCUGUUCAGAGCUGGAGAUACCAAAUGAGGCAGAGGCACACGAAAAUGAGGCAAAAGACCCUGAAGACAAAGAGAAGAACAUAGCUAAUAAUCAGGAGGAGAACAAUGAAGAAGAGGAUGAGAACACCUUCGAGGCUGAGGAGAAUGAUGACAGUGAUAACACUCAGGUACCAGAAGACGAGGAGAACACAGAAGUGGGUGAUGAACCUGUGAUUCAGGAUGCAGAUGCUGGAAAUCUAAGUGGACAGGAAAGGGCUCCAGGAGAUGAAGCUGUCAAUCUAGAAGAGGAAACCAAAGCAGCCACUGUUAUCCAGAGUAAUUUCAGAGGCCAUAAAGAGAGGAAGAGGUUGCAGGAGGAAGGUAAAGUCCCAGCUAAAAAACAGAGAGGAAGCAGCCAAAAGAAGGAGGAGGAAGCAAAACCAACAGAAGCUCAAGCUGAAGCAGAUGUUUCUUCGAACUAUGCCAGGCUAGAAGACCCAGAUGAGACUAAGGCAGCUGUUGUGAUUCAAAGCAACUUCCGUGGUCACAAGGAACGAAAACGACUAGAGGAGGAAGGAAAGAUUCCCAAGAGAAAAAAGGAGGAACCUAGAAAAGGGGAGGAUGGUGCUCAGACCGAGGAACCUGUUCCUGAUAACCAAGAGGACAUUUUACCUGUGAGCCCAGAGGAACCGGAUGAGGAAAAAGCAGCAACAGUCCUGCAGAGUAAUUUCAGAGGACAUCGGGACCGAAAGAAGCUGAAAGCUGAGAAAGAAGCACAACACAAAGCCAAAGAGCAAAGUUCUAUUUCUGACAACACGGCGCUGGAUGUUACCGAUGUGGUAAUUGAGCGCAAAGAGGAGGAUGAUCUUGAAAAAGAAAGACAGGAGGAAGAAAAUGCUGCUGUCAAGAUCCAGAGCAACUUCAGAGGCUACAAGGACAGGAAGAACCUGAAGGCCAACAAGGAAGCAUCAAAGAAUGAAGCCGAGCAGCUGGAGAGCUUCUCCAAAGAGAUCACAAAGACUUCCCAGGACUUUGCGGCCCUGCAGCAGAAGCUGAACGAGAUCAUCCAGGCCCAUCAAUCAAAUCCUGAAAACAAUGGCAUGUUUGUGAGAGGAAAACCAAUCAAUGGCUACGCCCCACAGAUUCAGUCAGCCGAGAAGAGAUUUUCGAGAACCCCCCGCAGAACGCAACAACCAAAGACCCUGAACACACCAGAGGACUCCACUUAUUACACGCUCAUUCAUAGAUCUCUCCAGGGUGAUAAACGGAAGCCCAGAAAACAGGAUCCAGGGAAGCUGCUUGAUGUGGACGACCAGUACUACCACACCCUGUCCACCAGUAGGUCUGUACCCUCCAUGACCACAGAGAACACCACACUCAGGGGCAUACCUGAGAGAAGACAGUCUGUAGAAAGGAGACAGUCCAUGGAGCGAAGACAGUCCAUGGACAGGAGACGAUCCACAGUCAGGAGUCAUCACGGGGACAGACAGCUGUCCACAGUGCAAAGAUCGGCAGGUUCUAGUCGACAGAUGAGAGAGAGGGCUGUCACUGAACCCGAGCUUCCCAGACCCACAAAGCAAGACAACAGGCGCUCCAUUCCCAGAAUGUCCUCUACAGAAAGCCGAAGCGGAGACAAUCCGUACGACUUCAGGCACCUGCUGAGGAAGACGUCGCAGAGACGAAAGCUCAUCAAACAGUACUGAACUGAGCAAAUCUGACACAGUCUUUGUAACAGACAUUCGGCUUAUUCUGUGUAUUCCAACGCAGAUUAAAAACAUGGCUUCGGUUUAGCUCUUUAAUGGAUUCUGCAGAAAACAUGUUUCACUGGUUUCUGAGAUGCUCUUGUUCAAGAAUAGAUUGUAAAUAAACUUGCAUGUAAUAAAAUCACUGUAAAUUUAGAUUUAUUUAUGUUGUCUGUAAUGUAGUCGAUACUAAAUAAACGUUUUGUCUCUCUUUGAUCAUGGAAAGAGUUGCAGUUGAUGCACAUUUUCUUAAACUCUUUGCAUUUUGAUUGAUUUUCAAAGAUAUACCUUUGGAAAAUAAGCCUCAGAUAUGUUGUCAGAAAAGAUUUUUGGUGUGAUGUCUUGUUUGUUAAUUUAAACAUGAAGUAUUUUAAAAUUAUUUGUUUCUUUUCAGUCUUAUCACAUUACUCAAACAUAAACUGUCUUAUAUGAAUCCAUUUUAACUCUCCAUUGCUGUUUUGCAUACAGUAACUACAUCUCAUAAAGGUCCUUUGUUAAAAAUGUCAGGUCGAUAUCAGACAAGCCCCUGUGAUUUGCUGUAUGAUUAUUUUACACAUUCUGCAUUUCUCCCUCUUUCAAACUGUAAACUUUAUGUGACAUUUCAGAGGAGGAACCCCCCCACAGGGAUUGUCAGUAAACCCCCAUCUACUGCACAAGCCUACAGGAAAUACCCAAAGGAAACACACUGCAUUAAAAAGCACUAAUUACUAAAUAAAUCAACAAGCCGGAAAAUAAUGUUUGUUGUAAGAAAAGACGUACGAGUGGGGGGUAUUUUAUUUUUUGACAUAUGCUGCUUGUGGAUAAACCCACAUGAAACAUAGAAACACUGUACCUUAUACCAACUAUACAUUCCCAGGGGUAUGAAUCAUAUUGGGCAGUGUAUGCUUAAUGGUUAAGACAGAGUAAAAAUUGUUCAACAAAA